AUGUCUACGUCGAGAUUCGGCGCCGGCGGCGGCAGUGGCAGCAAUAGUCGGCCGUCAAGUAAAGAUGGGCCCAAGAAGAAUAUGUGGUCGUCUAUGCUGGAUAGUGUCGCGAAUGGGAAGCGGCUGCCUGAGAAGAACCUUUUGAUUCUUGGAGGCACGCCUGAGAGCCAGAGAGAAUUCCUCAACACAUUUUCCGCCGAUACGACAGGUUCUGGGUUCAAGAAUGACAAGCGGAAAGGAGGGGCGCCGCCCGUUGCUAAUCAGUUUGCACUGGGGUACACGUAUUUGGACGUGCUGGAUGCUGACCAUGAAGAUACCCUGGCGCGUGUGUCUGCCUAUCUCCUUUCCGAGCCCUCCCUAUCCUUUGCACCCCUCCUCAAGCCGCUCUUGACCCCACAAUCCGUCCCGGAGACCCUGGUCGUGAUCCUGCUGGACUGGUCAGACCCGUGGACAUGGGUUCGGAGGCUGAGGGAGUGGGUCCGUCUGUUACGGCACGUGCUGGUCUCGCUUGAUGAUCCGACAAAAAUCGUCAUGGAGGAAACGAUGACGGAGUGGCGCGAUCGCAAGAGGGGCAUGGACUCUGGCGCGGCGGGCGCGCAGGGGCUGGCCAGUUCUGGGGGCCCCGUCUCGAUACCGUUGGGACCGGGUGAAUGGGACGAGGGGCUUGGGGUCCCGCUGUGCGUGGUUUGCCAAGGGGCCGAUAAGAUCGAAAAGGUGGAGAAAGAGCACGGUUGGCGCGAGGAGGAAUUCGAUUUUAUCCUUCAGUUCCUGCGAACCCUUCUUCUAAAGCACGGCGCAUCGCUCAUUUAUACCACCCCGUUCCUCGCCAACUCCCUCCAGAGCCUCCUCCACUCCUCCCUCGGCAUCCACUCGCUCCUGAAGAGACAGUCGCUCAAGCACAACGUGAUCGACAGAGACAAGAUCCUGGUCCCCGCGAACUGGGAUUCAUGGGGCAAGAUCCGGAUCAUCAGGGAAGGAUUCGACAUGGAGGGCAUAUCCACGGCAUGGUCCAUCGAGAUCCAAGAUCCCCCCGAGCCGCUCCCCAAAGGGCCAGUCAGCUAUCCGCGCGACGAUCAGCAGGACCCCAGCAUGGACGACGGUACCAGCGCGGUGACGAUAUUCGAGCAGACGAUCAAGGACCCCAAGCGCGACACCUCGCUGGCAGUCGCGAGCCAACAGAACAAAGAUAAUAUCGAAGUCGAGACAACCGGCCUGCAAAGUUUCCUCGAGAAACAGCUCGAGGUCCUCGAGCAGCUGAAGGCCGAAGACGAGCAGGAUCGGUCCACCCGACCAGCCCCUCAGCUGGAGAUGUCCCCAAUGGACGACAGCGGACGUGUCAACGAGCACAUCGGGCCUGUGCAGUUCAACAUGGGAGGAAUCCAAGUCGAUGCGGAUGACAUGUUACGGAAACUCAAGGAACGAGAAGCCACCCGAACCAGCCAAAGAAAAGAAACGAUCUCCUCGCCCGGCGACGAAAAAGCCCACAAUCAAGCCCUGAAGAACUUCUUCGCCGGCCUCGUCAAGAAACCCAGUACCAGCCCGCGCGAAAGCCCGUCAACAUAA